AUGUCUGGGCCUUCAAGACCUUGCCCUUGUCCGGAGGAUGACACAUCGGAAGAAUCUGGCCUGAGUGUCAACUGCGAGUGUCCUAGGGACGAGAAUGAGAUCGUGAUACAUGAGAAGAGUUGUCUUAUGUACAAGCACGAAACGAUAAUCUUUCCACCUAUUGAGAUAGUAUGCGACAUGUGCCAGUGUCCUCGAAUAAAAUGCCGUUGCGUGAAACCUGCCGGCAGGGAAGCUUUUGACGAAUGGCGUGCCAAUCGCCCAGUUGGCGCGAUGCCUGCAGUUCUGGAAUCAACUCACCCGCUGAUGCAGAAGUUCCAGGAGACGCUUAAACAGUUCCUUAUAAAGGAAAAUGCCAUUGCUGAGGAGGAAAUACUUAAUUUGCGCGAGGAGCUGAGGCUAAGCAAGCAGAGUUACGAGAAAGAUUUGUCAGCCAUUUACACACGUGAUCACGACACGAAUGCACAAAGGGCCCUGAUAUUAGAGUACGAGUCGACCCUAGCUCAGCGAACAGCGGAGCGUCAAGCAGCCGAGAAACGUGCGCAGGAAUCAAACGAAAAGUACAAGAAGGUCAAAGCGAAGCUCGAACAGGAUGUUAUGAGAGAACGUGAAGCCAUAGAAGAGUUGGAGGCUCUCACAACCCUCUGUCGUCAGUUGGAAUCUUGGCGUGAUGAGACGGAAUCUGACUUAACUGUCAGUCAGCGUAUGUCCGAUAAAAUGAGAGCAGAAAAGCUGGCCCUGGCCAAUGAGAAACGUCAACUGGACAUGCUCUUAUUUGGCCUUAGUAACGAGGUAUGGAAGUUGGAGACCAAACUGGAGACGUUCCAGAAACAAAUGGAGAUUAAAAAUGCGGAGAUGGAAAAAAUUAACGAUAAGGUCACUGCGUACUCGACUGAAUUGGAGGACUUGGAGCUUGAUAAGCGGCGACUGAUGAGCUUAUGGAACUCUGUCAUAGGAAACAUCAAGCAAAGGGACAAGGUCUACAACUCCGUGCGAGAUGAUUAUAAAACGCUACAAGAAAACUACCGCACUUUGAUUAAUAACUUGGAAAUUACGAAAAAAGUUGUGAAUGAGGAGAUGAACGAGGGCAGGCAUCUCGCCAUGAACAAGGACAAACUCCUGUAUGAUAUUGAACAUGCUGGCAAACAAGUGCAAAAUGAAGACAUAAAAAAAGUAACCUUGGAAACAAACAUAGCUGAGUUGGAGGAAUCCAUUGAAAUGACGGACAGAGAUCGGGAAAUGAUAAAAUCGGAAAACAAUGCAAAGACGAACAUACUUAAGAGUACGGAAAAAGAAUUGCAACGGAAGACAGAGUUGAAGAUGAAGUUAGAAAAUGAAAUAUUGGCGAACAUGCAAGAUUGUUUGCUCAACGACAAGGCGGUCGAGUCCAUGGCGAAUGGUAUAAAGAAGAUGAGAGAAAUGUCAAAGAAACAGGAAUUAGCGUUGAUGACGAUGGAAAAUCAACACGCCAAAGUAAUGCUAGACAUUGAGGUGUACCGCAAUCGCCAAGCGAAGAAUAACCUCCUGAUGGAAGAAAAGUUAGCGAAGGUUAAAGACAGGGAAAAGGAGAUCGAUGACCUUCAAGAGGACUAUGACCAAAAGGUGCUCGUACUUACUAGGAAACAACGAGAACUGGAUAUAGUUACGAAGAAAUUUAAUGCUUUAAAGGAGCUAUUUGAUAUGAAAUCGCCGCAAGAGCGUCGUAUUGACGAAUUAGAGAAUCAGGUCAAGAGCUACCGCGAGCGCACAGAGACCAUGCAGCACGAGUGGCUGCGACUGCAAGGACACGUCGUCAAACUUACGGAACAGCAUCAUAAGAUGGUUUCUGACAUCAACCUCGUCAAUAAGCAAAUCCAAAUUUGCGAACAAAAGAUUGUGCACACGCAAGCUGAAUGUGAGACUGUGCUAAUGGAGCGCGCGCGCGUCGAACGUUCCCUGCGUGAGUUGCGCGGCCGCCUCGAGGUGCUGGAGCGCACGCGCAGGGACGCGUUUGAGCGUAAUGAAAAUGCACAAAAAACUAAUCUGGCCAUGACGCAUGAGUAUGCUGCUAAUCUAAAGGAUGCAGAAAGUGAAAUAAUUCAACUGGAAGAUGAUAUUGAGGAAUUAGACAAAGAAAAAAUGAAUCUUACACAAGACCUGGACAGAGUUCAGAGGGAAGCGCUUAUAUGGCAGAGGAAGGGUAUAUUGGCUGUGGAAUUGAAGAGGAAUAUAAGUAAUGCUAAGUCUGCAGCGGGCGAGAUAGGGCAAAUGAGAGCUGAAAUCCAUAGAAUGGAGGUACGUCGUGAGCAACUGCGCCGUACAAGCGAAAAGUUGGCUGACGAUCUGGCUCUCUACGUUACACGUCGCGACACGGCAAUGGACAAGACGAGAGCGGCUGCCGCUGUGGAGAAAGCCCACGGCGGCCACGGCACCUCUCAGUCUGCUUACCACCACAAGCUCAGGCUUGCGAAAGCCGAUGUUGCUCGGGUUACUAAGGAUCUGGCAGCGGCUAAAAGUCAAAUGGAACAUCUUCAAAAGGAACAGGAGCGUCUAGAUCGCGAGGUGGUAGAAACCAGCACCAUGAAUAUGCAGUUAGAACAUCAUGUGGCCGAUUUAAUACGCGAGUGCCAGGAGACCGAUACAAUGAAACAAUGGCUUCUCGAGCGCGUAGUACGCAGCCAGCGUCUUGGCAGCGAACUGUCAACUGCUGUCAAACGUCAGUCAGUCAGAGUUCGAAAGCCGAAGAAUGUUGUUCUAGAAGAAUACAACCAAGCGAGGACUUUAAACGAGACUCUGAAAUUCAUAGUAGACACUUUGAAGAAAGAGUACCCUCAUCUGACGCACAAGUUUCAAACCCUCCACAAUACGUUGGACAUCUACUCGCCAUCCAACUCCCCAAGGUUGACCGAACACGGUGGAGAUUGUGUUGAGAAUGGAGAGUUUGAAGCCGAAUUGAGGGAAGAGUUGGAGAAAUCUGAGAAUAUUGCUGAAAAGCCUCUGUGCCCUUAA